CAGGAUCGUCAUCAUUCUGAACUCAGCUCUCACAAAACUGAACGCUGAAGUUUCACAGAUGAAGCAAACCAAGAUUAUAGUGUUUAAAACACUGGGUCAGUUUGUGGUUCUUGGUUGUCCUUGGAUUCUGGGUUUCUUCACUAAUAGCAGUGAGGUGCUGGAGAUCCUUUUCCUGAUCUUGAACUCUCAGCAGGGAACCUUCAUCUUCCUGAUCUACUGUGUGCUCAAUAAUGAGAUCAGACAGCAGUACUGGAAAUGCUUCACAUUUCUCUGCUCCGGACACAAACCCAGCAAAAUCAACUGAGACCUGAUGAAACUUUGAGGACUAAAGCACUUAUUUUUAGAAAAUCCUCAUAAAGGUGACAUUGUGUGCCCAUUUCACUUCAGUUGAUAUGAGUCUUAAGGAAACUUUAUAGCCUUCUUUGAUUUAAUUUCUUAAUAGUGGUGU